GGCGGCCGGCGACUGCAGGUGGCCGGCUAGAGAGCUACCUCGAGCGGCCGGGCGGGCGUCGCUCUCGCGGUUGCGGCGCCGCUUAGGCUCGGGCUGGCCCGGCGCGGCCUCGGGCUGCUCAUGGGGCGCAGGAGGCCGGGCCGGUGACGCCGGACGCCCAUGGACGCCCCUGAGGAGCCGGUGCCGCCGGUGAUCUACACCAUGGAGAACAAGCCCAUCGUCACCUGUGCUGGAGAUCAGAAUUUAUUUACGUCUAUUUAUCCGACGCUCUCCCAGCAGCUUCCAAGAGAACCGAUGGAAUGGAGAAGGUCCUAUGGCCGAGCUCCAAAGAUGAUUCACCUAGAAUCUAACUUUGUUCAAUUCAAAGAGGAGCUGCUGCCCAAAGAAGGAAACAAAGCUCUGCUCACGUUCCCCUUUCUUCAUAUUUAUUGGACGGAAUGCUGUGAUACUGAAGUGUAUAAAGCUACAGUAAAAGAUGACCUCACCAAGUGGCAGAAUGUUCUGAAAGCUCAUAGCUCUGUGGACUGGUUAAUAGUGGUAGUUGAAAAUGAUGCCAAGAAAAAAAACAAAACAAACAUCCUUCCCCGAACUUCUAUUGUGGACAAAAUAAGAAAUGAUUUUUGUAAUAAACAGAGUGACAGGUGUGUCGUGCUCUCCGACCCCUUGAAGGACUCCUCCCGAACUCAGGAAUCCUGGAAUGCUUUCCUGACCAAACUCAGGACAUUGCUUCUUAUGUCUUUUACCAAAAACCUAGGCAAGUUUGAGGAUGACAUGAGAACCUUGAGGGAGAAGAGGACCGAGCCAGGCUGGAGCUUCUGUGACUAUUUCAUGGUGCAGGAGGAACUUGCCUUUGUUUUUGAGAUGCUACAGCAGUUUGAAGAUGCCCUGGUGCAGUACGAUGAACUGGACGCUCUGUUUUCUCAGUAUGUUGUCAACUUUGGUGCUGGGGAUGGUGCCAACUGGCUGACUUUUUUCUGCCAGCCGGUGAAGAGCUGGAAUGGAUUGAUCCUCCGAAAGCCCAUAGAUAUGGAGAAGCGCGGAUUGAUACAGAGGCAAGAAGCCACCCUGUUAGAUCUGCGCAGUUACCUGUUCUCUCGCCAGUGCACCCUGCUCCUCUUCCUGCAGAGGCCGUGGGAGGUGGCUCAGCGCGCCCUAGAGCUGCUGCACAGCUGUGUGCAGGAGCUGAAGCUCUUGGAAGUCUCCGUGCCACCCGGUGCCCUGGAUUGCUGGGUGUUCCUGAGCUGCUUGGAGGUGCUGCAGAGGAUAGAAGGGUGUUGCGACCGGGCACAGAUAGACUCAAACAUCGCCCACACUGUGGGUCUGUGGAGCUACGCCACAGAGAAGCUAAAGUCCUUGGGCUAUCUGUGUGGACUUGUGUCAGAACAGGGACCUAACUCAGAAGACCUCAACAGGACGGUUGAUCUUUUGGCGGGCUUGGGAGCCGAACGGCCUGAAACAGCCAACACUGCUCAGAGUCCGUAUAAGAAACUCAAAGAAGCGUUAUCAUCAGUAGAAGCUUUUGAAAAACACUACUUAGACUUGUCCCAUGCCACCAUUGAAAUGUAUACGAGUAUUGGGAGAAUUCGAUCCGCUAAGUUCGUUGGAAAGGAUCUCGCGGAGUUUUACAUGAGGAAGAAGUCUCCCCAGAAGGCAGAAAUCUAUCUUCAGGGAGCCUUGAAGAAUUAUGUGGCUGAGGGCUGGGCACUGCCUAUCACACACACAAGGAAGCAGCUAGCUGAAUGUCAGAAACACCUUGGACAAAUUGAAAACUACCUUCAGACCAGCAGCCUCCUGGCCAGCGACCGGCACCUGACUGGGAGCGAGCGGGAGUACUUCUGCAGAGAGAUUCUUAGCUUCGCCAGCCGGCAGGCAGACAGCCCAGGUCACAAAAUAGUACUCCCUAUGCAUUCUUUUGCACAACUGAGAGAUCUCCAUUUUACCCCUUCCAAUGCUGUGGUCCAUGUGGGUGGUGUCUUGUCCGUGGAGAUAACCGUGUGCAGUCAGAUGCCCGUGCCUGUCCACGCGGAGCAGAUUGCCAUCAACGUCCACUUCAGCAUCGAGAAAAACAACUACCGGAAGACUGCCGAGUGGCUCACCAAGCACAAGACAGCCAACGGGAUUGUCAGCUUCCCGGCAGAGACCUCGCCUUUCCCCACAUCCCAGAACAGCUUGCCCGCGCUGGAGCUCUGCGAGAUGUUUGAGAGAAGUCCUUCCGACAACUCCUUGCACACAACAGGGAUUAUCUGCAAAAAUGUCCACGUGCUCCUAAGGAAGCAGGAGAGUGGUGCGUCCCUGGAAGUGCCCUCGGGUGCCGCCCUGGAGGCUGGGGCCCACGUGCUGAAGUGCACCGCCGUGACCCUGGAGCCGGGGCCCAAUGCAAUCACGUUCAGGACGCAGGCCAAGGAGCCGGGAACCUACACGCUGCGGCAGCUGUGCGCCUCGGUGGGCCCGGUGUGGUUCGUCCUUCCUCACAUCUACCCGCUGGUGCAGUAUGACGUGUAUUCGCAGGAGCCGCAGCUGCACGUGGAGCCGCUGGCCGAUAGCCUUUUGGCUGGUAUUCCUCAGAAGGUCAAGUUCACUGUCACUACUGGCCAUUAUACAGUAAAAAACGGGGACAGCCUUCAGCUCAGCAAUGUAGAAGCCAUGCUUAUCCUGGGUCAUGAAGAGAACAGAGCAGUGAUCUACUCCAACAUGAGAGAAAAGGCUUCUGACGCUGCGCUCCGGGUUCAGUCGUCCGACAAGGUCACGAGCAUCAGCCUGCCGGCUGCGCCUGCAUACCACAUGAUUGAAUUUGAACUGGAAGUUCUCUCUUUACCUUCAGCUCCAGCAACUGGAGGGGAGAGCACCAUGCUGGGGAUGACAGAGCCCCAUGGGAAGCAUAAGGACACACAAAAAGCUGGCCACUGCAUGGCUACCAUGGACCACAAAGUGUCCAUCGAUUGCCCGUGGUCCAUCUACUCCACUGUCAUCUCGCUGACGUUCAGCAUGCCCUUCAGGACCACGCACUCCCUGCUGUCAUCCGGGACACGGAAAUAUGUUCAAGUGUGUGUCCAGAAUUUGUCAGAACUCGACUUUCAGCUGUCAGAUAGUCAUCUUGUGGCUACUGGUGAUAGUACCGACCUGCGACUAAUACCGCUGAACACGGAAUCCGAACAGCGCAUCCACAGCGAGCAGGCGGUGUUCUUUGUCUGGGAGCUGAAGUGGACGCAGGAGCCUCCCCCCUCCCUGCACUGCCGGUUCUCCGUUGGAUUCUCCCCAGCUUCUGAGGAGCGGCUGUCUGUCUCCUUAAAGCCCUAUACUUAUGAAUUUCAAGUGGACAAUUUUUUGACCUUGUACAGUGUGAGAGCGGAGAUAUCGCCCCCUCCAGGGACAGAGCUCUGUAAGACGGGCUCGCUCUGCUCCUUGGAGGUGUCCAUCACGCGGCUCUCGGACCUCUCGGACGCGGACAAGGAUGAGGCGCUGACGGAACGUGAGGACUAUUUUUCAACGAAGCUUAUGUAUGAAGUUGUCGACAACAGCAGCAAUUGGGCAGUGUGCGGGAAGAGUUCUGGGGUCAUCUCCAUGCCUGUGGCUGCUCGGGCCACUCACAGAGUCCACAUGGAGGUGAUGCCCCUCUUUGCGGGUUACCUGCCCCUCCCCGACGUCAGGCUGUUUAAAUACCUGCCCCAUCACUCUGCGCACUCGUCACAACUGGAUGCUGAUAGCUGGAUAGAAAAUGACAGCCUCUCGGUGGACAAGCACGUGGACGACCAGCUGGACAGCGGCAGCGUCCAGAGCAGGGGCAGCACACGCUCGGUGGCCAGCAGCGAGCACAAGGGCUUGCCCAUGCCCCGGCUCCGGGCACUGCCCCCUGGCCAGGCCUUCAAUGCCAGCGCGGGCACGCAGGUCCUGGUCAUCCCCAGCCAAGACGACCAUGUUCUCGAAGUCAGCGUCACGUGACCACGCCCAGGGCUUACAGUCCCCAGACCGGCUGUGCGCACGUGCGUGCGUGGGCACGCUUGAAGGGAUCCUGACUCGAUUGUAACUUUCUCGCUCUAACCAGACUUUUGGUGAUUCUGCCUGGCCGUGGACGCAUCAGAGAAUUUCAGUGUACAGCUGGUCAGCUGAGUUGCAUCGUUACUUGUGUGCUGUCUGGGGUGUAAGAUGCCUUGUUAUUUUCUCAUCGCCCCGUGCCUGUGCUGCUGUCCUCCCGUGUUUGCCCGGAGCCCUGCCUUUUCCCUCACCCUCUGCUCAGGGAAGAGCUUCUAGUGCUCUCACCUGAGCAGCCUGUCAUCUGCUUGUUCUCUGUGGAAGCCCAGGGCUCUUUCAGGUAGACGCGCAGCAGCCCUUGCAGGCUUAUCAGUGACAUGUGUGUGCCUUUCUGGUCACACGGCUGCCCGAUUUCUGGACCAGGUGGAUUUGUAUGUCUCCUAAUGGGUAAAACACAGUCCUUUACCCCAGAUCCUCUAGUUAGUUGUGCUUUUUUAGAAUAACAGCCUUUCUGGGCAGCGGGGUGGCGCUGGGGGGGGGGGCGGUGGGGAAAGAACAAAACCCCUUCUGUGCCUUGGGAUGUCAAACUGGGCGGACUUGGAGCAUUCAUCAGCUGGAGCCAUUUUAAAGGUACUUGAAGACUAGACCACUAGACCGGGGCAUGAGAAAGAACUCGGUGUUGAAAUAAUUUGGAAGUAAAUGUUUCUGGAACCCUUUCUC